AUCUGCAAUACUCACCAAUCGUGCGACAAUUAGGCAAUUAGCUACACAUCUUUCUAUGUCACCAUGAGGGAAGUAGGUUAUCUUUCUUUCCCCCGGUCUGAUUUAAUCCCCCGGUCUGGCCGGUCUGAUUUAAUCCUCAGAUCUGGCCGAACCUUGUCCCCGGGACGGACGACUCUUGGCCUCAAACCCUAACGUCCGCGAAGUGGUGCGGUCACCCGACUCCCUUCUCCCAAAGCCGCGAUGCUGCUGCCCGAACUCUCCGCCUCCUUCCUCCGGCGUAAUACCACCACCACCGUCAUCGCCUUCUUCCACCGCCGCCGCCUCGAAGACCUCCUCCUCUUCUCCACCGCCACCGCCGGCGGCAGCGGCGAGAAUCCAUCUCACAAGCCUCAUUUCCUUGUCGAAUACCUCGUGAGCUCCUGUCGGUUCCCGCCUGACCAGGCGGCUGAAGUCUCCAAACCCAUCUCCCACCUCAAAUCCAACGAGAAGCCGAAAUCCGUGGUGGAUUUCUUGAGAUCUCACGGUUUCGAGGAUGCCCAUCUCCGAAAGCUCGUAUCUUUGAAUCCCAGAUGCCUCUGCUACGACGUCAAGAAGACCCUGGCCCCAAAGAUGCGAGCUUUCCUGGACAUGGGCUUCUCCCCCUCCGACCUCCCCCACUUGAUCCUUUCCAAUCCCAAUGUACUCAAUCUCAGCGUCGACCGAAUCCUGCCCAAGAUCGAGCUGUGGAAGAAUCUACUCGGCUCCACCGAUCUCCUGAUGAAAUUCUUCAAGAAAAACCAGUGGCUUCUUGGCUACAGCGUCGAGAAGACUAUACUUCCUAACAUAUCGCUCUUGCGGGACUGCGGCAUUACGGAUGAGAGGCUAGCUAUGAUUGUGAGGAAGCGCCCUACCUUCAUUACCCAGAGAAUGGAAUCGCUCCGAGCUUUGGUCGACCGUGUCGAGGAGCUGAAGAUACCCCGCAGCUCGGGCUUGUUCAUGUGGGCCCUUCAGAUCCUCCGUAUGGUGAGCAGAGACAGGUUCCAGGCCAAGAUGGAGCUCAUGAAGAGCUUUGGGUGGUCGGAGUCAGAGUUCCUCGCUGCAUUCCGAAAAGCGCCAGUCUUCCUAUCUGUCUCUGAGAAGGUGAUGCGGAGAAAGAUGGAAUUUUUGGUGAAGGAAGCCGGGUGCGAGACCUCCUAUCUUGCCCUCAACCCAGUGCUUCUUAUGUAUAGCUUGGAGAAGAGGUUGAUUCCUCGGGUUCGUGCACUGGAGAUUCUGAAAGCAAAAGGCUUGCUCAGAAGGAAGCCCAAGUUGCAUAGCAUAAUGUCUUUAUCAGAAGAGGAUUUUAUCAACAAGUAUGUUCUCUGCCACAAAGUGGAAGGGCCUAAACUGCAUAAACUGUAUACUGCUGUCCUUAAGCAAGCAACCCCUUUAUCCUGAAUUCUAGAGACAGAAUGAGAAUGACUUGCUCGUCUGCUUAUUCAUUUUCACACAAGCAGGGACCAUACACACGGUUAGGAUUCAGGGUGGUUCGAUAGUUAAAGACUUUAAAGUCGCUCAGUAGACCAAGUGGGAGCACUUUCAUAACAGAAGGAUUUUGCUCAAUCAUCAGUUGGUAUCAAUUUGACGUUUUAGCACGGUGCUGCAGUAUGUAGAUCCUCUUUUUCGUAUUUUCCCAUAUUCAUGCCAAUGUUCUCUUCCCUGCUGUGUCCAUUUUAUGCUUAUGUGCCACCAUCAUAAUCUUCUGAAGAACCUUUAUUUUAUUGCACAUAUCAUUGUAUCCUGCUGUGCUUGAUAGCAACAUUUCUACUUGGAUCUGUAAUUUUUCAAUAUACACUGUUUUGUUUUCUUCUCUUCUUGUUGGUAAGAAUUAGAUGCUAUUCUGUUCUGCUUUUAGCUCGAGGAUCCUCUUGAUCUUGUCAGAUAACAAACAGUUUUAGAUUUGAAAGAAUCGCAAAUGAGCAUAGCCUAAUUCUUAACUUGAUGGGAUAAAUCUUCUUGGAUAUUGUUAUGCGAUGGGGAGAAUACAUAAUAUAGUUGAUUAUUUUCAUUGCAUUGUGCUACACGUACACUUUUAUGAUUUACAAAAGUGAAAAUAUACGACGGAAAAAGAAUGUUGCUUUGGCUGAGUUAUUGAAUUGCCUAUGAGGAAGUACACAUACACAAUUUUGGCUCAUUACUACAGAUUUAAUAAGCUCGUUUCUUUCUUGAAAUUUUGUAAUAUCAUUCUCUACACCUGAUGCUAAUGCAACCUAGCUGACUAUAUUUGCAAAGUAGUACUGGUUUAACAUUAAUGUGAAAGGAUCCAGUGUAUACAGAGAAAAUAUAUCAAGUUUUUUCUUCCAUGUCCUGCAAAAUUCUUUUAUGAAAAUCUCCCUUGGUAUCUGCCAAAUAACAUAUGUCCCUAUUUUGAAAUUCAAGAGUGAACUUCAGACGUUGAGAAAAAAUUAUAUAGUAACUUUGUUCAAGAUUUUUUUUUCUCAUUCCUACAACCAAUAGUUAUAUGGUGGUUUUAUAGACAGAAGCACUUCUAUUAUUACAAGAUGACGUUGAAUAGAGCUAUAGAAAAGUUUGUUAGCGUGAAAAAACAGUGGAAAUAACAAAGAAAACACAUUAAUGAUUUCGCAACAGUGUGCUUAUUUUUUGUGCUUGAGAGCAAAGUCAUGACAAUAUGGACCACAAGCUUA